UUCACCUUAUUACACUGCGUCUGACCUCUCUCCCAACCAUUCUCAUUUCUUUCCCCAAUUUUCAAAAGUUCAAACUUUCAAAUACUCCCAAACCCUAAUAUCUCUAAAAUCUAUACAUACUCAAAUAGUUACAAUAUACAUAUACACAAGUUAUUUCGCUCGAUCUCCUCCCAUUCUAUUGGAUCUGCGGUUAUUGGUGCUUCGAUCCAGUGGUUUGGUGGAAUACAUCGUAUCUUGUAUCUGGUGAUUCAUUUUAGGGGAGGUUGUUGAUUGGAAUCUAUGGAGGCAAUCGAGGAAUUGGCGCAGCUCUCCGAUUCGAUGCGGCAGGCUGCGGCGCUGCUUGCCGAUGAAGAUGUGGAUGAGGCGCCGUCCUCUGCUUCCUCCAAGCGCCCCUCCACUUUCCUCAAUGUUGUUGCUCUCGGCAACACUGGUGCAGGUAAGUCUGCGGUACUGAAUAGUCUAAUAGGGCAUCCUGCACUGCCAACUGGUGAAGGUGGCGCAACACGUGCUCCAAUACGUGUUGACUUAACAAGGGAUGGUUCACUAAGCAGCAAAUCAAUUAUUUUGCAGAUUGAUAGUAAAUCUCAACCAGUUUCUGCAAGUGCUCUUAGACAUUCAUUACAAGACAGAUUGAGCAAAAUAUCUGGCAAGAGCCGUGAUGAGAUAUAUUUAAAGCUCCGUACAAGUACAGCUCCACCGCUAAAGUUGAUUGAUUUGCCUGGAGUUGAUAAGGGCAAUCUUGAUGAUUCAUUGAGUCAGUAUGCUGAACACAGUGAUUCAAUAUUGCUGGUUGUAAUACCUGCUACCCAGGCUCCAGAAGUCGCCUCAGCAAAAGCUAUCAGGAUUGCAAAAGAGCUUGAUGGAGAAUGUACAAGAACUGUUGGAGUGAUUAGCAAGAUAGAUCAAGCAUCUUCAGAACCGAAAAUCCUUGCUGCUGUGCAGGCGCUUUUAUUAAAUCAAGGACCUAGAAGUACAUCUGACAUACCUUGGGUUGCUUUGAUUGGUCAAUCUGUCUCCAUAGCAUCUGCUCAAUCAGGGACUGUUGGAGCUGAUAAUUCUUUAGAAACUGCAUGGCGAGCAGAGACUGAAAGCUUGAAAUCUAUACUGACGGGAGCCCCUCAAAGCAAGCUUGGGAGAUUAGCCUUGGUAGAGACUCUUGCCCAACAGAUCCGAAAUCGCAUGAAAGUCAGGCUGCCAAAUCUCCUCUCAGGGCUUCAGGGGAAGUCCCAAAUAGUGCAGGAUGAACUUUUCAGACUUGGUGAACAGAUGGUUCAGAGUUCUGAGGGCACAAGAGCUUUAGCCUUGGAACUUUGCCGUGAAUUUGAGGAUAAGUUCCUCCAGCACAUUACAACGGGAGAGGGUGAUGGGUGGAAAGUGGUUGCUAGUUUUGAAGGCAAUUUCCCCAAUAGGAUCAAGCAGCUACCUUUAGAUAGACAUUUUGACAUCAAUAAUGUUAAACGGAUUGUGCUCGAAGCAGAUGGUUAUCAACCUUAUCUUAUCUCUCCUGAGAAAGGGCUGAGGUCGCUAAUUAAAGGUGUCUUGGAGCUGGCAAAAGAACCUUCACGCCUUUGUGUUGAUGAGGUGCACAGAGUGCUUGUUGAUGUUGUCUCAUCUGCUGCUAAUGCCACACCAGGCCUUGGAAGAUAUCCUCCUUUCAAGCGAGAGGUUGUGGCAAUUGCCACAGCUGCUCUGGAAGGAUUCAAGAAUGAAGCUAAAACCAUGGUAGUUGCACUUGUUGACAUGGAACGAGCAUUUGUUCCUCCACAACACUUUAUACGUCUGGUGCAGAGGCGCAUGGAUAGACAACGGCGUGAAGAGGAGCUGAAAGGUCGAUCUUCCAAAAAGGCAGCUGAGGCGGAGCAAUCCAUAUUAAAUAGGGCUACUAGUCCACAAACUGGAGGCCAACCAAGUGGUGGGAACCUUAAGUCAAUGAAGGAUAAUAAAUCCAAUCAGCAAGAUAAAGAUAAAGAUGUGCAAGAAGGAUCUUCACUGAAGAUUGCAGGAGCAGAAGGGGAAAUAACAGCAGGUUUCUUAUUGAAGAGAAGCGGCAAAAGAAAUGGCUGGAGUAGAAAAUGGUUUGUUUUAAAUGAAAAGACAGGCAAACUUGGAUACACCAAGAAGCAAGAGGAGCGACAUUUUCGUGGCGUCAUCACUUUGGAGGAAUGUAAUCUGGAAGAAGUUUCAGAGGAGGAAGAAGCCCCUGCAAAGAGUUCUAAAGAUAAAAAAGCAAAUGGUCCAGAUGCAGGAAAAGCACCCAGUCUUGCAUUCAAGUUAACGAGCAGAGUUCCGUAUAAGACUGUUCUGAAAUCUCAGAGUGCUGUUGUCUUGAAGGCUGAGACUAUGGCAGAAAAGACAGAGUGGCUUAAUAAAUUAAGAAAUGUUAUCAGUUCUAGAGGAGGUCAAGUGAAGGGAGAAUCAGGUCCUCCAAUGCGGCAUAGUCUUUCUGAUGGUUCUCUUGAUACAAUGCCCAGAAGACCUGUGGACCCAGAAGAAGAACUUCGAUGGAUGGCUCAGGAAGUACGUGGUUAUGUCGAAGCUGUUCUUAACAGUCUGGCAGCCAAUGUCCCAAAGGCAGUUGUUCUUUGCCAAGUAGAGAAGGCAAAAGAAGACAUGCUUAAUAAGCUAUACAGUUCUGUCAGUGCCCAAAGCAUGGCGAGAAUAGAAGAGCUGCUCCAGGAGGACCAGAAUGUCAAGCGUCGGAGGGAGCGUUACCAGAAACAGUCGUCUCUUCUUUCCAAGCUUACUAGACAACUAAGUAUUCAUGACAAUCGAGCAGCUGCGGCAUCCAGCUUUUCAGAUGGUGGCGGAGCAGAAAGUAGUCCAACUGCUGCUGGUCCAUCAUCUGGUGAUGACUGGAGAUCUGCAUUUGAUGCAGCUGCUAAUGGUCCAACUGAUUCAUGGCGUUCUAGGUCCAACGGUCACAGCCGCCGGAACAGUGACCCUGCGCAAAAUGGUGACAUAAGCUCUGGUGCAAACUCUGGCAGCCGCCGUACACCUACCCGUUUGCCACCAGCUCCUCCGCCAUCUGGUUCUGGUUAUAGGUUUUAGAACAGAUGAAUAAUUUUGACAAUUGAUUCUUGCAAUUCUUGUGGGUGGUUGAACAGCUGCUUGAGCUCGAAAUAUUGUUAUAAUAGUUUUGUAGAAUCAAUAUACACAUCUUUGUAGAUAAAUAUCAUGAUUCAUCCUUUUGUCAAUUGUGUUGCAGUUGAUGAAUUUUCUUGUUCGUUCGCAGACUACCGCUGUAAAAUUUUCUGUAUUCAUCGGGAGUUGUCCUGUUUGGAUCAUGUUGUACGCAACCAUAGUGUUAAACAUUCUCUACUAUCUUGAAAUUUUGGUUGGCAUUCGACUUGUUUA